AUGGCGAUGAUUUAUGGCGCAAAAUGCCGGAGUGAAGUCGGGGAAAGGGAAGCGCGCGACGCGCUUGAGGGUGAACAAGCUGAAGCACCUGUGGUGGAACCACCACCGGAACCGACACCGACGCCAGAACCGGCGCCAGCCCCAGCCCCAACUCCAGCUCCGGCUCCUGCGCCUCCGCCAGCGGUACCCGCACCAGUCCCUACGCCAUCACCAGUACCAGUAGCGACACCCUCACCAGUACCUCCAGCUGAAGGUGCUCCAGCAGCACCUCCCGCGGAAGGCGCACCUCCAACGGAAGGAGCUGCGCCGGCACCUGCUGAAGGCGCACCCGCAGCAGCCCCAGCAGAAGGUGCCGCACCACCUACGGAAGGUACCGCACCACCGGCAGAAGGAGCUGCUCCACCAGCGGAAGGAGCUGCACCUGCGGAAGGAGCGGCACCGCUUGCAGAGGGUGCACCCGCCGAAGGAGCACCUCCGGCUGAAGGUGCUGCGCCCGCCGCCGCUCCUACUGAAGGCGCACCUGCGGAAGGAGCACCUCCAGCGGAAGGUGCACCACCAGCGGAAGGAGCUCCUGCGGCUCCGCCAGCGGAAGGAGCACCUCCAGCCGAAGGAACUGCUCCAGCUGAAGGAGCUGCUCCUGCCGCUGCUGCUCCAGCGGAAGGUGGACCAGCCGUACCCGCCGAAGGGGCUGUUCCUGCAGCUGCCCCCGCAGACGCGACACCCGCAGCUCCAGCAGAAGCUGAACCUGCACCCGCCGAAGCUAAUCUAGUUAUCAUAUUGCGAGUUACAAUCCGCAUCCGAGGCAAUCCCAUGCUAAAGAGUGAGAAAUACAUCAUGAACGGUAUGUCAGAACCAGCAGGUAUAAGAAAUGCAACGAACUAAACUUAGAGAGUCAUUUUCGACGGACUAAAAUAAUCUAAUCCAGCAUCGCGCUGACAUGUCACAGACGAACUAAUUAUUGCAAACUAAUUAUGCAAUAAUAUCAUCGAUCAGGACAUCAUCUACAGUAGUGCUCAUGUUUCAGUUUCGGAGGAAAAUCGACGAGAGCUACCUUCCUCGACAACUCAUCGAUUUAUCAUUAAUCUUAGCUUGCAAUUAUUCACUCUUGUGUCUCGCUCGUAUAAGUUGCUUUCCAUAUUAAUAUAUUCUCUUUUUUUUCUCUGUACAGCGCCCGCAUCGUAACUCGGCAGCGCAAGUGGAAAAAGGGUCACUUCGUCGCGUACUUUCCUCUUGUUUGACGUCAAACUUUGUGGAACACCUACACGGCCAAUACUAAAGUACAAUAUGCUGUACUCGACGUCGCGACUCGCGCCUUUCUCAUCGUCAUUAUCAUUAUCAUCAUCGCCAGCCCAUCGUUAGCGUCAUUUACAUCUCGUCGCCGCCACCGCCGAGUCGUUGUCGUCGUCUCCAUCGCACACGCCUUGCAUAUUCAUCACUCAUACAUCACGGAAACCCGCAUGUGCCGCACAGGGCAAGGUUUAAGGGAAAGAAGGAACGCACGUAUACGAGGAAGGGUCGCGUGCGAGUCUCGAACGGAAUAUUUCUCUGGUAGUCGCGAAUCAUGACGGUUCCGAUCAUGGCGAAGCUAUGCUUCGUAUCCGUUCCAUGAGAAACACAUAUACGCACGUCAUUAAAAUGCCACGGGGCCGUUCUUAUUCGCGACGAUGUUGCGAUUGCUAAUCGAGAUUAUUCGCGUUUUGUCACGUUCGUCCGAUUUACUUUUCCAUCGUACGCGAUCAAACAGUCGCUGCUCAUCGCGACGAUGGUGCACGAGUAUAUAACCAGCCCUUCGUGUUGGAAUUCUGUAAAUAAUCCGCGGCACGUCUCGUCGCAGUCGUCUACGUCGACACGCUACGAACGUAUCUUCUGUACAUGAAAAAUUGGAUUUCGUAAUAAAAUCGCUUUUCUUCGAUUA